AUGGCCUCCCUUGUCGCCGCGCCGUCGCCGUCGCCCGACGAGCCGUCGCCGGUGCAGCCCGGCUGGGAGCUGUUGAGCCAGGGCGCCGAGGCGCGCGUCUACGGCUGCACGGUCUUCGGGUUGCCGGCGGUGGCGAAGCACCGCUUCAGGAAGACCUACCGCCACCCGGAGAUCGAUUCCAAGCUGCGCAAGGAGCGCACGCUCGCCGAGGCGCGGUGCCUCGCCAAGUGCGCCGAGCUCGGCAUCCGCGCGCCGGCCGUGCUCGUCGCCGACACGGCGCGCCACGCGCUCUACCUCGAGCGCGUCGCGGGUUUGACGGGAAAAGCGUACGUCGACGAGCACCGCUGGAAGCGGCCGGCGCGGGUCGCGGACAUGCUGCGGCGCUUCGGCGAGGCCGUCGCCGUGCUCCACGACGCGGGGCUCACGCACGGCGACCUCACGACGUCCAACGUCAUCUGCGAGGCCGCGGCCGACGGCGGUCUGGAAAGCCUCGCGCUCAUCGACUUCGGCCUCGGGUCGCUGUCGUCGACGCCCGAGGACAAGGCCGUGGACCUGUACGUCCUCGAGCGCGCGCUCAUCUCGACGCACCGCGACGCCGACGAGAUGUGGGACGCCGUCCGCGACGCGUACCGCGAAAAGUCCGCGGACCCGGCGCCCACGCUCACGCGGCUCGACGCGGUCCGCGCGCGCGGCCGCAAGCGCGAGUGCUUCGGGUAA